AUGCUAUCAUUUCCAGAACAAUCCCUCCUGGUCUCCCAACAACUAGGAAACAUGUACUUCCUCGCCUUCCUCCUCGGCCUCUUUGUCCUUCACAGUACCACCGAGAUCAAAGUCGUGAGGAGCUACCUCUGGGCGCUGUGGUUGGCUGACAUUGGACACAUGGCUGUUACAUGCCGUAUUCUUGGGUGGGAAGAGUCGGUUGGGAUGUUGAGGUGGAACGAGAUGACUUGGGGAAACUUGGGUGCUACUGUAAGUUCAAUCCAUUGUUGUGGUAUAUUCGCUGACACGUGCGGUGGGUAA